AUGGAUCCACUUGACAACCUAAGCAAGGAAAGAGGCCCUCUCCGUUCUUUCCUGGCUGCCACUGCCCGCUGUGUGGCUGUCCUGGGCUUUCCUGCCGUCUCUGUCGUCCCUCUCGAGUCUCCCUCCAUCCACCCUCCUCCUCUUUCCUUCCGUCCACUUUCCUUCCGCCCACUCAAACACACCACUUACCACGCAAUUCUCGAACCUGCAACUCACUCUCCCUACCCGACCGACCCUCACCGAGAAGAAUCGUCGAGUCUCCCCUUCAUCGUCUUCGGUCUGGGGCUUCUUCUCCGACAAACCGACGACACUUUCGCACAUUCAUCGACACAUUCGACUCCUGGGCAGACUUUUCACGCAGCAGGCUUUCUGCACAGACAAACGGAAAGGGUUGUAACGGGCGUCGCAGCCCCGGAUUUUGGCACCAUCCCCCGCGUUUCCCUCCCAGCGACUGCAUACAGAAAGGGCCGAAUACACACUCCAUCCCUCGCCAACACAACUCCACGGGUCGCUCCUAUUACCUUCAUUGUCGAUGCCGGCGCCCCUACAGAGCCGUCGCCGUCGCUCGGAAUAAUCAUCACCCAUCUGGUCUGCUUGUCUCAGAGCGACCGUCGACCACCGACGACAACAACCGCCACAACGUCUUCACCGUACGUCGCCACCAUGACACAGGCCGUCAAGCGGGCCUGCGACGCCUGCCAUCGUCGCAAGGUCAAAUGCGACGGCGUCAAUCCGUGUCGCAACUGUCAUACUGCACAGCUGUCUUGCACCUAUAAUGCUAUUCCUCAGAAGAAGGGUCCCAAGGGCUCCCGUGCAAAAGUCAUUAGCGAAUUGAGGGAAACACAGCGUCAGACCAGUUUGUCCGCAAAGGUUCAAAACCGCAUGAACGGCAUUCCGAAUCCUCCAGGCCCUGUCAGCUUGGCCCCAACCCCCGGUCUGCUCUCGAGCGAACUCGUCAAAGAAUGCAUCGACUUUUACUUUGCCAACCUGUACGAAAAGAUGCCCAUCCUCGAUCGUCGCCAAAUCGACCAGCAACUCCCAUUCAUGGAGCAGAACCGCGACACCUACUGCCUGCUGACCUCGCUGUGCGCAUUCAUGAUGUUGCAGCCAGGAAUGUCAAUGCCAACAGGCGACCCUUUCAACCUCGAUGUCAUGCCCGGUGCCACCAUCGUCGCAAGCCAGUUGCUUUUGGAGGAGACCUUGCAAGUUCGCAAGGGCUACGACUACCUCGACAACAUCAGCUUCAACACUCUUGCCACAAACUUCUUCAUAUAUGGCUGCUACCAUGGUAUCGAACUGCACGACAAGGCCUGGUUCUACCUUCGCGAGGCUUCUACCAUGAUGCACCUCAACGGCAUGAUCAAGGAGGAGACGUACCACGGCCCCCAGUGGGAUAAUGCCGAAUCUCACGCCAUUCAGCGCCAGCGACCUUUGACUUUGCAAGCCACCAUCAACCCGCCCAACUCCGCCGAUGACCCGAGUGACCCACUCAGCCACCAGCUGAACAGCUUCAUCAUGCUGGUGAACCUGUUCCGCCCCUUCGACGAUGCCUUCACAGCUAUCUGGAACAAGACGCGCACCAAUCUAUAUGUGUCUAACCUGCAGAAGCAAUUGAACGAGGCCCUUCCCACCUACCUUUGCCAAGAUGGUCAGCUAUCCGACCUUCGCACCAACCAGCAGUGGCUCAAGAGUACUGUCUGGCAAUUAACCCAUGGAAACUCGUCCAACGAAGACAACAUGAACUUCAACUACCCAGUUGACCUCUCCCGUGAGCUUCUGAUGACCCUCGCCUCUCACUUCCCUGGACAAGGAAUGGAGUUGAUGAGCUCCGGCUUGAUUGAAAAGCUUUUCGAGAUUAGCUGCAACAUGACCGACUUCCUCGCUGUUCAGCCCGCCGCGCGGGAUCCAUUCACCGUCGGCCCCCGGGAGCAACUCAACCAGACCCUCAAUAUUGUUGCCGUCCUCCGCCAUGGCGAUCAUCGCUUCCUGCCGCUGUUGCUGAACAAGGUUGCCAACAUUAUGCCUCGUCUGACCAACCCGAUGCUGCAAAACGCGCCCGAAAAUUCUAACAUGGGCAACAUUGACAUCUUUGAUGGCUUCGGCAAUGCGGGCAUGGCACAACCUCCAUCUCAGAUGCAGAUGCAGAUGGAUACCGACUACGAAAGGAAAUUUUCCGUUGCCGAUUACGAAAAGAAGUAUGGCGUGUCCGACAUGAACAGCAACGGCAGUGAGGCCAAUACCAUUCCUGCCACGUCUGCCAGUGCAUCAUCCGUUCCUCCAGCGACUACUGCGGAUAUGAAUUCGCCUUUUGCCAGCAGUUCGCCCGCCAUUAUGUCUCCACCAAUGGAGUAUCCCCACAACGGAAUGAACGACUAUGGAUGCACGCCGAUGCCCGAUAUGGUCAUGAGUCCGGCCGGCCAAAACGGAUCGGCGAUGAACAGUCAAAGCAACCUGAACAAUCAGCAUCAACACCAGCAAUCGCAUCACAUGAUUCAGAACCACAUGACGCCACAGCAAAUGCAGCCCAAUAUGGGCCAGCAUCACAUCCACAGCAUUCAGCAAGGGCAGAACAUGGGCAAUAUCAGCCCACCAUCAGGUCAGUCCCAGCAGUCGAUGCCAACAUCACAUCCUAUGGGACCAGGCGGAAACAACCUCAUGAAUUCCAUACCGCGUCAACAGCCGCAGCGCGCCAGUAGCUAUGCUAUCCCGCAACAACCUAUACCACGCACCGUUGGAGACUUCCACGCACUGCAGCGGGCCAAUUCCGAUAUGCCUGGUCUCUCCGGCAUAAGUACGGAGAUGGAUUUCAAUACCUUGCGUUGUUUUUCACUUCAUUUCUUUUCUUUGUCAGAAGCGCUGGCUAUCUCUAUCAUGUUUUACCAUUUUCUAGAUCUUUGCUCUUUUUGCAUUCAUUCCACCAUCUUCGGGAUGGGGCGCGGGUUGACACCGCCGCCACUUGAGGAUUAG